AUCUGUCACUGACACUAAAGCUGCCUCCUCACCGAGGCGCUGUGCUGUGAGCUCUGAGCAGGGCGGCCUGAGGGGCUCCUGCGGAGCGCCGAGCGCUUCUCGGGGGUGCGGAGAGAACUCUGGAGCGGGGAGGAACCGGGGCCGGGCUGAGGGCGCUGCCGCCAUUUCCGGGAAACUUCCUAUUUCCGUCCAUCUGUGUGCGUCACUUCCGUCCCGUCCCCGCCACCCAAUGGGGGCCCGGCGCCGUUUUGGCGCCGAAUGCGAAGCGCGCGCGGGCGGCGGCGCGCGCCCCCUGGCGGCGGGGCGGCCCGCGAUGGCGGCCGUGCCGCAGAACAACCUGCGGGAGCAGCUGCGGCGCCACUCGGCCCGCGGGGCCCUGCGCGCCCCGGCGCCGCCGCGGGACCGCCCGCCGGGCUUCACCUUCAAGAAGGCGCCGCGGGGCCUGGCCGCGGCGCUGAGGGACAAGGACGUGAACACCUCGCUGGCCCUGCGCGCCCCGGCCCCGCCGGACGGGAAAGCGCCGGUGCGGGGCUGCGCUCCCCCCCGCAGCCCCGGCCCGCCGCCGGCCUGCGCCCCCCCGAGCCCCGCCGAGGCCGCCAAGGGCCCCGCGGCUCCCGGGGCGAGGGCGGCGAGCGCUGCUCCCGCCGGCACGGCCGGGCCCGGUGCCGCCGCCGGCCCCGUUAUCACCGUCGGCGAUGAGUGGGACGACAUCGACGACUUCGACCUGUCGGGAAUCGAGAAGAAGUUCUGCCGGCCGCCCGUGGUGUCCCCCAGGGGGCUGCGAGCGCCCCGCAAGGAGCCCCCGCGGCCGAGCCCCCGCGCGGCGCCGCCCGGCUCUGCCGGGGCCGCGGGGCCCGGCGGCGGCGGCGGGACCGCGCCCGAGCAGCGCCCCGGCUCGCAGGGUUCCGUCAUCUGCCUGGAGGACUCGGGCCCGUGCGGGAGCCCGGCCGAGGGGCUCGGCCUGCGGGACUCACCCGCCGAGCCCGCCCGGGGCACGGGGGCUCGCCCAGCUGCUGGUGCUGACGGGGUCCAGGAGCAGCAGGGGGCUGGGAGCAGCCCCCCGGAGCUGGAUGAGGCCCCCUGGCCGCUGGCUGAGCUGGAGGAGGAUGAGCUGGACAUCAUCCCUCCCUCCCCUGAGGAGGAGCUGCCGCCCUUCUCCCCCUCUGUGCAGAGUGUCAGCAGUAUUUUCAGAGACUCUCCCGCUGGUGGAAGAUGCACAGCUGGCAGCUCCGAGGCCAGGCAGGAGGAGGUUCCCACAACACAUCCUGGAGGUGAUCCCAGCGCAGGGGAUUCAGGCGAGGCCGUGCCGGUGUCCCCGCAGCUGCUCCGGGUCAUGGAGGCCAUCUGCGAGCUGGUGGAUGCCAUCCCCCUGCAGGAGCUGCAGGCCCUGCGCUGCGCCCGGGCCCUGCUGCAGCACCGGGACCGCAGGAGAAAGUUGCUGGGUAGUUCUGGCAGUUUGAACCCAAACGGUGUAAACACCACCUUUGCUAGAAGCUGGAAGUCUCCCGUGGAGCAGGGCCCUCGUGUGUGUCCUGCUGCAGGUCCAGGUUCUGGCCCAAGCUGGAGCUUCAGUUCUGACAGGAACUCCCCCAAACCCACAAACCUCCCGUCGGUGCUUUCUGUUUCCAGCAGCUUUUCUGCAGAAAUAAAUCAAACCUUGGACAGCAGCAGUGCUCCAGAGCAGAGCCCAGGGGAGAGGCCCUGCCCGGGAGCUGCAGAGCUGCCUUUUCCCAGGGGAAAUGGCAGGGAGGGAGCUUCCCUCGGGCUCAGCCUGCAGUCCUGCGACAGCAGCUGGGGCCCAAGCCCGGGAGCCCGGCGUGGGGAGCAGCCCCUGAGCAGCACAGCCCUGAGGGCUCCGAGCACAGCUCCCGCUGCCGCUGCCGCGGGGAGCAGCCCGGGGACAACCGAGCUCGACCUCGACCUGGACCACUUCGACAUCGACGACUUCGACGAGGACUGGGAGGGCGCGGGGCCCGCGGCGCCGCCCACGCCGCUGUGCCGGCCCGCCAGGGAGGGGCCUCCGCCCAAAUCCCUCCUGUCCAAGAUCAUGUCCAGAGCCAAGGGGCCGGCUGUGGCAUCCAGCCCUGCUGCUCCAAAGCCGGGCCUGCUGAUGGCAACUAAGAACCACCCAGAUCCAGUGGUUCAUAACCCUGCACUGGAGCAUUUCAGGGGUAUGAAAUUUCCCCAUUCUGCAGAAAUGAUGAAUAUAUUUCACAAGAAGUUUGGAUUGCACUGUUUCCGGACAAACCAGCUGGAGGCCAUCAAUGCUGCUCUGCUGGGGGAGGAUUGUUUCAUCCUCAUGCCCACAGGGGGUGGGAAGAGCUUGUGCUACCAGCUGCCAGCCUGUGUCUCUGCCGGGGUCACCAUCGUCAUUUCCCCGCUCAGGUCGCUCAUCAUCGAUCAGGUGCAGAAGCUGAAGACCUUGGAUAUUGCUGCAACAUACCUGACUGGUGACAGAACAGAUGCUGAUGCCUCCAAAAUCUACAUGCAGUUGUCAAAGAAAGACCCUGUCAUAAAGCUGCUGUAUGUCACCCCUGAGAAGGUGUGUGCCAGCAGCCGGCUGAUGUCCGCCCUGGAGAACCUCUACGACAGGAAGCUCCUGGCACGUUUUGUCAUUGACGAGGCGCACUGCGUCAGCCAGUGGGGCCACGACUUCCGACAAGACUACAAGCGCCUGAACAUGCUGCGCAGGAGGUUCCGCGCCGUGCCCAUGAUGGCCCUCACGGCCACUGCCAACCCCCGCGUGCAGAAGGACAUCCUCAACCAGCUCGAGAUGCUGAAACCACAAGUGUUUACAAUGAGCUUCAACAGGCAUAACUUGAAAUAUGAUGUGUUGCCCAAGAAGCCAAAGAAGGUGGCGAUGGAUUGCUUGGAAUGGAUUAAAAAGUAUCACCCCCAUGACUCUGGGAUAAUCUAUUGCCUUUCCCGGCACGAGUGUGACACCACGGCAGCCAUCCUGCAGAAGGAGGGGCUGGCUGCCCUGGCCUACCACGCCGGCCUCACCGACUCCAACAGGGACCUUGUGCAGCAGAAGUGGGUUAAUCAGGAGGGAUGCCAGGUGAUCUGUGCCACCAUUGCCUUCGGCAUGGGCAUUGACAAGCCCGACGUGCGCUACGUGAUCCACGCGUCCCUGCCCAAAUCCAUCGAGGGGUACUACCAGGAGUCCGGCCGCGCUGGGCGCGACGGGGAGAUGUCCCACUGCCUGCUCUUCUACAGCUACAGCGACGUGACCAGGCUGAGGAGGCUCAUCCUGAUGGAGAAGGAUGGGAACAGCCACACGAGGCAGACCCACUUCAACAACCUGUACAGCAUGGUGCACUACUGCGAGAACGUGGUCGAGUGCCGCCGCGUCCAGCUGCUCGCCUACUUCGGGGAAACCAACUUCAACCCCACCUUCUGCAAGGACCACCCAGAAGUGAUUUGUGACAACUGCAGUAGAAAGAAGGAUUACAAAUCCAGGAAUGUGACCGAGGAUGUGAAGAGCAUUGUGCGGUUUGUGCGCGAGCACUGCGCCCAUGCGGGGCGCAUGAAGGGCAGGAGCAAUCCAGGCUCUGGCAGGUACACCCUCAACAUGAUGGUGGACAUUUUCUUAGGUUCAACGAGUGCCAAGAUUCAGUCUGGAAUAUUUGGGAAGGGGGCUGCCUAUUCCAGGCACAAUGCAGAAAGGCUGUUUAGAAAGCUGGUCCUGGACAAGAUCCUGGAUGAGGAUUUGUACAUCACAGCUAAUGACCAGGCAGUGGCAUAUGUCAUUCUGGGAGAGAGAGCUCAGGCUGUGCUGGAUGGGUCACUCCAGGUGGAGUUCCACGAGACAGAGAGUGCCAGUGCCAUCAGAAGGCAAAGGGCUUCCAUGGCAAAGAUGUCCCAGCGGGAAGAGGUGGUUAAACAGUGCCUCAGUGAACUUACAGACACCUGCAAAACCCUGGGCAAAGUCUUUGAUGUGCAUUACUUCAAUAUUUUCAGUACUUCCACCCUAAAGAAAAUAGCAGAAACCUUGUCCUCAGACGUGGAGGUGUUGCUGCAGAUUGAUGGUGUCACAGAAGACAAACUGGAGAAAUACGGUGCAGAAAUAAUUAAAGUGAUGGACAAGUACUCAGAAUGCUCCAUCCCAGAAGAUGCUGCCGGUGUGGACACAGCCACAGGGAGCCCUGGCUCGCCGGGCAGUGAUGGGGAAGCAGAGGAGGCAGGUGCAACCUCCAGCUAUUUCGGCAAUAACACAAACCAGAGGAGAAAAAGGAAGCGGCCGCCGAACUCCAGGGACUCCAAGAGGAAAAGGACGAGUGGUGGUGGCAGCCAGCAGUUCCGCCCCAGAGGUGGCUACAGCAGGUACAGAAGGACCAAGAAGCUGCCGAGCUCGAAGGCCCCAGCUUCCUCCGGUGCCAGCUCCGUGUCCCACAGCGUUGGUGGCAUGCAGGGAGCUGCUGGGAAGCUGGCCAUGAUGGCACUGCCCAAACCCAAAUCCCGGAGCUUCCUUCAGCCUUCGUAUUCCAUAUUUUAACUGGGAAACGCAAUUACUGGACGAAUUUCCCCAAGAUGGAAUCACUGUUUAUUAAAUUUUUGUUUCAUUUGUGCUGCUGAACCUUCUGGGAUUUGUGUAUUUGUCGAGUACAAAAGCUCAGAUUAAAUAAAUAUUUUUUUACUUGUCA